GUUGGGAGUGGGACUGACUCCAGCCUCUGCUCCGGGAGGCCCUCCGGAGCCACCCGCCCUCCCGGGGCCAUGCUGAAGGCCUCCCAUAAAAACCAAAAAGAAGGAGGAGUCAGCAUCAAGGUCAAAACAUCUGUACACGACUUGAGCAAAACACAGCAGACCAAACUCACUGUGGGCCGCCUAGGAUUAGGCCUCAUCAUCAUCCAGCAUGGACCCUACCUCCAGAUCACCCACCUCAUCCGGAAGGGGGCUGCAGCCAAUGACGGGAAACUCCAGCCAGGCUGCACAGGAAGCAUGGCAGGGGAGGCCUCAGGAAAUUUACAAUCAUGGCAGAAGGUGAAGAGGAAGCAGGUGAUGUUCUGAUUAGUGUUGGCCAUGCCAAUGUGUUAGGAUAUACUCUUCGAGAAUUUUUACAGCUUUUGCAACAUAUCACCAUUGGAACAGUGCUACAAAUCAAGGUUUACCGAGAUUUUAUUGACAUUCCUGAAGAAUGGCAAGAAAUACAUGAUUUAAUCCCUGAGGCCAAAUUCCCAGUAACAAGCACACCAAAGAAAACUGAGCUGGCAAAAGAUGAAUCUUUCACAAGCAGUGAUGAUAGUGAAGAUGUAGUUUUAGAUAAAAGAGUUCAAUAUUAUAGAUAUCCAUGGUCAACUCCACAUCACCCUGCAAGGAGACCAAUAUCGAUCUCCAGAGACUGGCAUGGAUAUAAUAAUAAGAACCAUAUUAUUAGUGUGGGAAAAGACCUUAAUUGUGAUGUGAUGAUUCACAGAGACUACGAGAAAGAAAUGAGGGCCCCUUCUCCAUACUGGAUAAUGGUGAAGCAAGACAAUGAAAGCUCUUCCUCCUCUACUUCCUCUACCUCAGAUGCAUUUUGGCUGGAAGACUGUGCCCAAGUUGAAAAGGGCAAAGCCCAACUGGAAUCAGAGGUUGGUUAGCAAAUCUGUGUUCCUAUGAGCAUUUAUCUUGCAGACACCCAAGUUUUGUGCCUCACCAUGUAAAAGUUUGCUAUACUUAUCAAGGACUGUCUGCAGACUCACCAAUUCUCUUCUUUUCUGACUGCGUUUAUAAAGCCAUUAGAGAGAUUCUUCAGCAGGGCUAUCAAAAGACUUCCCCGGGGUCUUGCAGGCCUCACAAAUCUCUUCAGAAUAAUACCCUCCUUUCUGAGAAGAAUUUAUUUUUAGAAAAUGCAGUAUAGAAAUCCAGUAUCAGAAUGUCUGAACACAGUAAAGAAUGUCACUUUAUGUAAACACCACAUUUUUCUUUAAAUAUUUAGUUUCUGUUUUUGUAAACUUCAAGUACUAUAAUUAAAAUAAUUAAGAGAUAUA